AUGCCUUUCAAGAUCUUUGUCACCGGCGCCACGGGCUACAUCGGCGGCGACGCCCUGUACGCGCUCAGCUCGCGCCACCCGGAGUUCGAGUACGCGCUGCUGGUGCGCACGCAGGAGAAAGCCGACGCCGUGCAGAAGAAGUACCCGCAGACGCGCAUCGUGCUCGGCGAGCUGGGCGACGCGGAGUUGUUGAAGAAGGAGGCGGCUAGGGCGGAUAUUGUGAUUCAUACGGCUGACGCCUCGGACAACGAGGGCGCGGCAAAGGCUAUUGCUGAGGGUUUGGUGGAGGGACACACGGCUUCGAAGCCGGGAUAUUGGCUGCAUACUGGCGGCUCGGGUAUCCUGACGUACUUCGAUUCCGAGGCGGACCGUCUCGGCGAGUGGGAGGAGAAGGAGUUCAACGACUACAGCGGCGUCGAGGAGCUGACCCACCUGCCCGACGAGGCCUUCCACCGCAACGUCGACCAGAUCGUGCUCAAGUGCGGCACCGAGCACGCUGAUGUGGUGAAGACGGCUAUCGUGUGUCCACCUACUAUCUACGGCGAGGGCCGCGGUCCCAUCUCAGGCCGAGGCCGCCAGGUCUACGAGCUCGCCAAAUUGGUGCUGCAGAAGGGCUACGCGCCGGUGAUCGGCAAGGGCAAGGCGCGCUGGAACAACAUCCACGUCCACGACCUGAGCGAGGCAUUCCGGCUCCUCGUCGAGGCGGCCGUGUUCCGCAAUGGGUCAAAGGAUCUGUGGGGCGAUAAGGGGUACUAUUUCGUGGAGCGCGGCGAACACGUCUGGGGCGACCUGGCGCGCACGGUGGCGGGUCAGGCGAAGGAGCUGGGCUUCAUCAAAUCCGACGAGGAGUAUCAGCUCGGCAAGGACGAGGCGCUUAAUGUUGCUGGGUUUGAGGCCGUGAGUUGGGGCUUGAAUUCCCGCGGUAAGGCGGAGAGGCUGAAUAAGGUGCUGGGGUGGACGCCGAGGGAGUGCUCGAUGGAGGAGGAGGUCCCGCGUAUCUUGAAGGCGGAGAAGGAGAGAUUGGGAUAG